GUGAUCGCAGUAGGAAGCCAAACCCACCGAGCCCAUGACCUGUUUAUCCAUGACCUGUUCGUGAGCAUACUACCCAACUGCGUGAAGGAUUUCAACUCUUUGACAAGGCGCGUUACGCCUUAUUCACCACCAUCACUCCGAGGAACGUUAACAGCUCAUUCAGCCGCCACCUUGUACUUACCUGGACUCAUCCCCGAGGUUAUUCGAUCAUCCUGACAGCUUACAAGCCAUACCCACUUUUGGUUGCCUAUACCCUCGGCUGAUGCCAGCUCCUCGUUCCUCGCAGAGUGCAGAAGCCGCGCGCGCUGCUGCGCUACAGGCUGAGUUUAAUGAAAAGAAAUGGGUGUGGGUACCAGACGAGAAAGACGGUUAUCUCGCUGGCUGGGUGCACCAAGAAGAUGAUGAGACUGCAGAAAUUGUCAUGUCCUCUGGGGGCGAGAUUCGUCAAGUCCCUUUGUAUGCACUAUCCAAGAUGAACCCUCCAAAGUUCGAUCGUGUCGACGAUAUCGCAGAUCUCACAUUUUUAAACGAAGCGAGCGUCGUGCAUAAUCUACGUUUAAGGUAUGGAUCUGGAGCUAUAUAUACAUACUCUGGCUUAUUCUUGGUCGCUAUCAACCCUUACCAGAACCUACCGCUGUACACAGAUGCAAUUAUAGCUCAGUAUCGCAGUAAACGACGUGAUGAGAAUCCUCCUCAUAUCUUCGCAGUUGCCGAGCGCGCAUGGGUUAACAUGGGGGAGGAACGUGAAAAUCAGAGCAUUCUCAUAACUGGAGAAUCUGGCGCAGGGAAGACCGAAAGCACGAAGAAAGUUAUCCAAUACCUUUCAGCCAUAGCAACUGAUGCGCAUCCACCCCAUUCUUCACAUUCACAUUCUACUUCCAUCUCAUCUUCAUUCCCCGCAUCCCCACCUUCCGGUCUGCCCAGAAGCAGCUCUUUCCGUACGAAAGCUACUCACGUUGCAUCCAACAGCACUGGAGGCCAUUUUACCGCCAAGGGUCGUCUAGGUUUGCUCGAGCGACAAAUUCUCCAAGCGAAUCCCAUCCUUGAGGCAUUUGGUAACGCGCAAACUCAACGAAACAACAACUCGAGUAGAUUCGGGAAGUUCAUUAGGAUUAGCUUUGCUCCAGACGGGAGUAUAGCCGGAGCGAACAUUGACUGGUACCUGCUGGAGAAGAGUCGAGUAGUGGUUCGGAGCGUUGCAGAGCGCAACUUCCACGUAUUUUACCAGUUACUAUCAAGUGGAGGCUCAUUAAAGGACACUCUUCUACUAGAUCAGCCUCUAGAAGAAUAUGAAUUUCUCAACAAAAGCAGGCGAGAGGUCGAUGGCGUCAACGAUCACGAAGACUGGGACGCACUGAUAAAUGCUCUUGAUAUUGUUGGGUUCACGGUUGCCGAACAAUUUGACCUUUUCCGCAUUGUUGCGGCAAUUCUCCAUAUCGGAAACAUCGUCGUCCGCUCUACGAAGUCGGAUGAUGCAUUCAUGCCAGAUCCGUCGCAAGCCGAGCGCGUCUGCCAUUUGCUCGGUAUUCCCAUAGCAGAGUUCACACGAGCCAUUUUACGGCCCAGGGUUCUCGCUGGACGUGAGUGGGUGACGCAAGCGAGGACGGGACAACAGUCCCUUGACGAACUCGCGUCCUUGAGCAAGUCGUUGUACGAGAAGUCCUUCGGUGCGCUGGUCGAGCGCAUCAACCGUGCACUAGAUCGUCCGUCCUCUAAGUCGACGUUCAUCGGUGUUCUCGACAUCGCAGGCUUCGAGAUCUUCGAUAUCAACACGUACGAGCAGUUGCUCAUCAACUACACCAACGAGAAGCUGCAGCAGUUUUUCAAUCACCAUAUGUUCGUCCUCGAGCAAGAGGAGUAUUCCAGGGAAGGUAUAGAAUGGGAUUAUGUGAACUUCAAGCUGGACUUGCAGCCGACCAUCGACCUCAUUGAGAGCAGUGGGACCGCCAUCGGCAUUCUCAGUUGCUUAGACGAAGAAUGUAUCAUGCCCAAAGCCACCGAUCUCACCUUCACGGAGAAAGUUCAUUCGAUUUGGAGCGGAGAGCUGCGAGCAGGAGAACCUCCUCAUCCAGGUCGUACGAAAUAUACCCUACCGAAAUUUGACCAAGGCUUCAUCGUCACACACUACGCUGGCAAAGUCGAGUACCGCACGGACGGGUGGUUGGAGAAGAACAAGGAUCCCCUGAAUGAUAAUCUGACUCGUGUACUGGCGUCAUCAUCCGAACCUUACGUCGCAUCGCUCUUCCAAGAUUUUACUGGAGUCUUCGCCGACAUCCCCUCAUCUUCCGGCGCCGGGUUCUCCGCAGGGAAAAAGCGCACCAUCAAGAGAGGGGCGUUCAGAACUGUCGGGCAACGGCAUAAAGAGCAAUUAGCCCUUCUCAUGGCUCAGUUGCAGGCAACGCAACCACAUUUCAUACGUUGCAUCGUGCCCAACGUCAACAAGAAACCUGGAAGGGUAGACGUGCCUCUUGUCCUAGAUCAAUUACGCUGCAACGGUGUUUUGGAAGGCAUCCGCAUAGCACGUCUUGGUUAUCCCAAUAGGCUCCCUUUCGUCGAGUUCCGCCAACGCUAUGAGAUCAUGACUCCAGGAGUCAUUCCUCGUGGAUAUAUGGACGGUCGUAAAGCGUGUAUUCGUAUUGUGGAAGCAUUGGGUCUCGAUACCGAAUUAUUCCGGGUAGGAACCUCCAAGAUAUUCUUCAAGGCCGGAGUCCUUGCAGAUCUUGAGGAGCGGCGGGAUGCCCUCUUAUUCGACGUCUUUUCGAGACUGCAGGCAGUUGCCAGGAAGUUCUCUGCCCGAAGACAGAUGAAGAAAAUUCUCAAUCGUGCAGUGGCCAUGCGAAUAAUCCAGCGCAACGCUCGUGUGUACGGAGAACUGCGAGACUGGCCAUGGUGGCAAUUGUAUACGAAAGUUCGUCCGUUACUCGCCGCGACACGAAACGAUGAAGAGCUCAGGCGGAAAGAUGUUGAGUUGCAACUCGUCAAGGAGAGAGCGGAGCGCGAUCAUCGAGAACGGGAAAACCUGGAGAACGUGAAGAUGACUCUCCAGGCGGAGAAACGAAAGAUCAUCGAAGAUUUGGAAGCAGAACGUGCACUUGCCCUCGACAAAGAUGCUAUGUUGGAAAGAAGCAAAAAGAGGGAAGCAGAACUUGAAGAAGAGAUUGCAGCGUUACACGCCGACCUCGACGUCCUCGAUUCUCAACUGGAUCGCGCCCUACAUCUUCAGAAGGAGGGAGAUGAGAAGCAUGACACUCUGCGCAUCGCGUUCGACCAGGCCGCGGAGCAUCUUGUUCGCAUGGAGGGUGAACAAAAUGAUUGGCGAACUAAAGAAGCGGAACUUUCGGACAUCCUACUAACGCAGGAGCGCGGCAUGGUUGAGCUGCUGCAGGAAAACCAGGCUCUCCAGAAAGCUAAUGAAGACCUCACAAGCCUUGUUUCGCAGCGGGACGAAGACUUUGCGCGCAUGAAAGAGCGUUCUGCGGCUUCAGUGAGCGACUUGCAGGCAAAACUCGGUGUGGAACUUCAAACUAAAGAAUCGCUCAGCAGCAAGGUCGACCAACUGGACAGAAGCUCCAGGCAUCUCAAACAGCAGCUAGUAGAGAUGUCUCGCACAACCGCAGAGUAUUCUGCUAUGAUCCAGAAGAAGGAGGACCAAAACUCUCAACUACUUUCUAACAUCACUGCAUCCGCAGACGAAUGUUCUCGACUACAAAAAGAGAUCAUCGAACUCCAAGCUACGUCUGACAGACAGCGAGCGGAAAUUCAUGCCUCCAAGGCCGAUUUAGAUCGUACAGUUUCCGCCAAGGCGAAACUCCAAGACGAGCUAGACGAGCUCCGCACGAUCAUGGAGACCAAGACCUCUGAAGACGCCCGCCGACUCGAAGUCGAGAAAAGCAAAGAGGAAGAACUCGCCGAGCUCCGUCGUCAAUCUUCCGAAUUAAACACGGAGCUCAGUGUUCUACGUGAAACUACUCUCGACAAGGAAAGCAAGCUAGUUACCGAGCUAGACGAGAUGCGGCGUCAGCACAAGCAGCUGGAUUCGACUCACAGCUCUCUUUUGGAACGCGAGCGACGCUUGAAGGAACGGUCGUCGAAGGCAGAGGCAAUGGUCGUGGAUCUGGAAAAAGCCAAAAGAAUGCUCGAAUCAGAACUGCAGGCAUUGCGGUCUCGUCAGAUUGACGCAGAUGGCCGGUUAGCGGAGACAUCGAGGGCGAAAGAGAUCCUGGAACGACAACUCCACGCUGCUCAGACAAAAUAUAACGAGAUCGAGGAUACGAUUUUACAGAUGGAAAGAGAUGCUCACGCUGGGGAACGCCAGUUGGAAACCUUGAGGAAGCAACUGGAAUCCGAGUCAGCCAAGCGCAAGGAACUUCAACAAGGCAUGUUAUCCCAGAGAAAGGAGCACCAGGAGCGCAUUGCGAAGUACGACCAUGAUCUUAACAAGGCAAUCACUGAUCUCAAGGCUCGGGAGUGGGAGCUCAAGCAAAUGGAGAGCAAACAGGAUAAGACGAUCGUUGAACACGUCUACGUUUUGGAGAAGGCCAAGAAGGUAACCGAUCAGCAACUCAGAGAAGCGCAGGAGCAGCUGCAGAAGGACGCUGUCUAUAUCCGAUCUUUGGAGAAAGCCAAGGCAAGCCUCACCCGGGAGGUAGAGGAUUUCGCCAGGGGAGGCGGGGUGGAUCAGGCGGAGCGCAGGGCUUCUGAAAGGGCUGCCAAGUUCCUUGAGGAGAAGGCUAACAAAGCACUUGCUACCGCAGAAGCAAAGGCCAAAACAGAAUCCUCUGUUCGACGCGCCCUCAGUGACUUAGAAAAGACACACGGCGACCUGGUGGCAGAAAAGAAGGCCCUUGAAGAGCGUUUCCAGGACACUCACCAGAGGCUCCGUGAAUUGGAAGCUCAGAUCGAGGCUGAGGACAGAGAAUCUUCUGAGCUAGGCAUUCACAGGCACCGUCUGGUACAGCAACUGCAAGAUGAACGUCAGCAGCACCAGAAAGACCUCGCAGAACGUGAUUUCGCUGGCGACCAGACGCGAAAGAAAUAUCAAGCUGAACUGGCGCAAUUGAGCGAAGAGUUGCAAGCGCAGCGAGAUACAAUGACCAGGCUACGAGAAGACAGCCGGAAAGUCCACUCCGACUACGACGAGCUGCAGCUAAGAUUCGAUGACGAGGUCUACAACGGAGGUGCCUGGAACAGGGAGAAAGAACGGAUGGAGACGAAGAUAGCCGAUCUAACUAAAGCUUUUGAAGCAUCAACUACUGCUCAAUCCGACCAACAAGCGCAGAUCGUGUCACUUCACUCGCAAGUUCGGGAACUUCGAGGCGUUCUCAAUGAUGCUGAGGCGGACCGAGCGAUGCUACAGAAGGCACGCCGCUCUCUGCAGGCAGAACUUGAAGGCAUCAAGCUUGACCAUGUCGAUGCAACGAAGAUGACUUCAGAUCGAGAACUACAGAAGUUGCAGCUAAAGAAACAAGAUCUUGAGCGGUCUCUAGAGGAACAAGAAGAUCGUGUAGCGAUGGCCUUUGAACGAUUGAAGAGAGCUGAAGCACACGCCAACGAAAGCCAACUGGAACUCGAUCGGACCCGCGUCGAGAAUACGGAGCUAGAUAGAAUGAAUGCCCAGCUGGAGAAGCAGGUCAAGGACCUGAACGUCCGCGUCGUUGACCUUGAAACGAAGUCAUACACAAAUUCCCCUCACCCAUCCUCCACUGUCAGGCAGCUGCAGAGUCGUAUCGAUGAGCUCACUACUCAACUCAAGCAAGCAUCAAGCGAGAAACUCGACUCCAACCGCUUACAUAGCUCUGACAAGGCAGUUCGUGACGUACAAUUGCAGUUAGCUGAAAGGGAAAGGCACCAAAUCAAAUUGGAGGAGGAGCGAAAAGUCUCUGAGGGCCAAAUAACUUCGCUCCGGCAAACGCUUGACAAAGUCCAAUCAAGGGAGAGUGAACUUGAGCGCGCGAAACGUCGCAUGGAGCGAGAGGCCGUGGAAUCCAAGCAGACGGUGUUGAACCUGCAACGUGAAGUGGAACGACUGCGCUCCCGCCUCAAUCGCCCGAUGUCAGUCGUUAGUGACGGAAGCUCUACCCUUGGAGGCUCAAGCGUCUCGACGGGAUCUCCUCGGAGGGCAGCUCCAUAGCGUUCAAUUGUUCAUUUCCGAAUUAUUGAUUCAUGUCAUUGUCACAUCUGAGACGCUGCGAGUCUGGACUCUGUAUAACUAUUUCAACACGAAACACAUAUGUAUUUUAUAGACAUAAAUCUACUCCAUAUGCUGCUCGAGAA